ACACAAUGCUAGUAGACUUACCGCAACCAAGAAGUACGAACAGGACGGAUUGUAUAUUUAAGGACCGUAUGGCAAGCAGCUCAGAUAGCAGCGACCACCAGACGGGAGCAACCAUGAGGACCGCAUUCAUCGUGUUUGCAGUACUGGCCUCUUCAGUGCUGGCUGAAGACAGCAAAAAGGCAGCGAAGAAAAACGAGACAGCAGUGGAAGGACGAGGCCUCUUCUUGGGCAGCAACAAUGGAUUCCCUGGCUGUCCGCCAUGUCCGUGCGGGUACGGUGGCGGUGCCGGAGGCUUGACAGGUCUUGGCGGCUAUAGUGUUGGUCUCGGUCAUGGGGCAGGACCUGCUGUAGGCCUUGGUUCAGGAGUUGCCUUAGGCUCUGGUGUCGGUGUCGGCCACGGAGUUGGAGAAGCUGGUCUCGGUUCCGGUCUCGGGGUCGGUCCCGCGGCCGGAGCACCAGGGCUCAGUCAUGGUGGCGGGGCCGGUCAUGGAGCUGCAGGAAUAAGUGCCGGUUCCGGACUUGGACUGCAGCACGGAGCAGCCGGAGGAACCCACGGCGUCAGGAUUAGUCCAGCAGCUGGCGCUGCAUCAGCCGGCCUCGGCGGCGUAGGAGUUGGUCCCAGCGGCGGUUCCAGCCCCAGCCUCACGCCUGGUGCUGGCGUCGCUACUGAAGUCGUUGGAGCGGCGGCUGGAAUAGGUGCAGGACCUGUGGUCGGCCCCGUAGGAGGUGCUGGCGUCGUUGGAACGCCUGUCGUCGGUGGUCCAGGCAUCGAAGCUGGCGUUGGGGCUGGUCAUCAGUCAGCGGCUUCCGGUCACUCGGGCUUCCAGACUGGCUCCGGAUUUGCCAACAAGGCUGGUGGGCAGAAAGCUGGGCAGGGCAGCUUCGCCUACAACGUGGGAGGAUCAGAUAGCAGCUCUUACGGGCACAGCAGUUCUUAUGGCGACUCGAAGAGCUUCGGCUUGAGCUCCAAUGAAGGUUUCAAGCGUGCUCAAGGUCAGGGUAGCCACGGAAGCGCAUUCAACAAGCAGGCCGCUGGCUCGGAAGCGUCAAGCCAUAGUUCCGGAGUCAAGACAAAGGUGAUCGUUUGAAAAACGUAGGCCUACUCCUUCUCAGUCUACGUAUUUGCCAAAGAAACAUCGCAUGUUGAAAC